AUGAUUCGAACAUCGUUUCUGCUGCUGGCAUGGGUGUUGGCAGAUAGUCUUGGCGAUGGCGACAGCAGGUCUCGGUAUCAGUACUAUCACUAUAUGGAGAUUGGGCUCUGCAAUUGGGAGACCUUGAUUGAAAUUCAGCCACCUGAGCAAAAAGGUCUGAGUGUGGAGGCUCUGCCGCUUUAUGUCGAGGAGUUGAGGAAGAAAUAUGCUGCCUGCCGUCCACACAGCAAGCUGAUCAAUGCUGCUGUGCUUCCUGAGGCUGAACGCACGCAGACAUCGCGACGGGUGAAAGCUUUCUACAUUCCUCCAGAGAACAUCUCCCAUUUUGAUCUACCAUCCUUUUUUGCCGGCAUGACCCGAAUGGGUGAGCCCCAUCCAUUUGCAGCUAAUUAUCUUGAAAAGCGGCGCUUGUCUCACCUGAUGGUUUCAAAAUGGGUUCCGGCGAUAUCUCUUCACACGCUUCUAGAUACGCAUGGAGCAUGCCGGAUCGGAUUGCUGAAGAUGGACGUGGAAGGUUUGGAUGUGCCGUUGAUCAGAGACUAUGUGGCCUAUUUGCAACAGCAUCCUUUCUGCUGGGCAGAUGUCCUGCAGUUUGAAGUCCAUCCUGGCCUUGUUUCGAGGUCCAGCAGCGACGAUUUGGACCAGCUCUUGGCCCUUGUGGGCUACGAGAACGUUCGCGACGAGCGCGCCUCACCGUGGCCCGUGCGUCCCUUCGACAAGUGGGUGUCACACCAACCUUUUAAGGAUGGCAGACGCUUCCAACGCCACGGAAGAUUGUCACAUUUGUCACAUGUUCCAGAGAUUCCAGCAGCCCCCAAGCUUCUUCACUUGGUGAUGCCAUGUUGGAACACAUUCGGAUGUGAUGAUGCUUUGGAACGACGGAGAAUGCAGUGGGCUCAACUGUUGCCUGGAUGGCGUGUUGAAGCUUGGAGUGGCGAAAGGCUAUCAAAGUUGUCACAUGGACUCAAGAACGCGGCACUAAAGUCACUACAGUUCCGCAAGUAUAAACAUCUUGCGGCCAAGUAUUUGCUCCUGUCUCACUUUGGUGGAGCUUUCGUGGACUGGCGCCUCAACCCAGAACCUCUCAAAAACCUCCAGCCGGGCCAAAAUUUUCUGUGUUUGGAUCCGGGCCCCCGCCGUUGUUUUAAUGGCAUGGUGAUGGUUGCACGGCCCUUUGAUGCUUUGCUUCAGGAGUUGCAUGUCAGCUUUGACUUUUUCUUAGCCCACCGCCGUCGAUAUGGUGUAGCCGUGAAUUUCAGCGUUGCCAGCACGGAAUUGGGCUUCCUGGAUCUCCUGUGGUUGCACAGAGAAGGUCCUGGCAAAGGGCGGUGUGCCCGCAUGAACUUUACUAUUCUGUAG